GUGUCAAGAAGUGGAAAAAGCAACAAAAGUCAAUCGGCAGGCCGCAGUGAAAAUGUGUACACGUUUUUGCUGAAGAAAAAAAUCAAAUUUUAUUCUAUACGAAAGUCGGGCUCUCGACCCAAUUUAUGGACAGUGCAAAUUAUCGGUUAAUUAUCGAAGAAUCCGUUUCCGCAGCUCGCCACGUGUAUUCAAAGAUUUGCGCAAAAGUUGUGAAAUAUUCAUCGUGAUCUUUAUGAAAUCAGACUUCGUGGAAGCACGCCAGGAAGAAAUUUUCUCAGAGAAUCGAAAAGUCGUCUCUUCGUCUCCACACGCAAUCCCAAACAUAACGCGCAUUCGUCCCGUCUUCUUGUUGACCUUUGAGAAAAUAUAAGGAUGUGCAGCGAAGUCAGUGAAGCGUGUGGCAAUCUGCCGGAAGCCGACAAACCGGUGCUAGAACCGGAAGCAGCGACGUCGCAGCAAUCAGUUCCGAGCAGUGGCAGCGAGGAGGAAGAAUCCACCAACCCGGCAGACUACGGGAACAAUUUCAAGAUCAUCGACUGCAACGACCAGAUACUAGAGCUGCAGACGAUUAUUCGGGACAAGAAUACCUCGCGCAGUGACUUCAAAUUCUACGCGGAUCGGCUGAUCCGGCUUGUCAUCGAAGAAAGUUUAAACCAGCUACCGUACUCGGAAUGUUCUGUGAUAACACCCACCGGAGCCAUUUACGAUGGGCUCAAGUAUCGAUCCGGUAACUGUGGCGUUUCAAUUAUCAGAUCUGGUGAAGCGAUGGAGCAGGGAUUACGAGACUGUUGCCGUUCGAUAAGGAUAGGCAAAAUUCUGGUUGAGUCAGACGCGGAAACACACGAAGCAAAAGUGGUAUACGCGAGGUUUCCUGACGACAUCUCCCGGCGGCAAGUUCUACUCAUGUACCCGAUUAUGGCCACCGGAAACACUGUCAUUCAGGCCGUGAACGUACUGAAAGACCACGGCGUCCCGGAGACGGCCAUCAUCCUGUCGAAUCUGUUCUGUACGCCGAUGGCAGCCCGGAUGGUGGUUUCCGCUUUUCCGGAUAUGACAAUCCUAACAUCAGAGCUCAACUCGACGGCACCAAACCACUUUGGCCAAAAGUACUUUGGAACGGACUAGGACUAUUAGAGCCGGGUGAGGCCCCGAGAUUUCGAUCAUCACGAGAUCAAACCGCUGAUCAACAAUAAGCUGCCAUCGUAGUGUUUGGCCGAUUGCAUACUUAUCUUACUACCUACAUGUUUUUUUAUCGUUUUCCUAAUGGAACUCUCAUCACCCUUUAUAAAGUGAACUGCAUGCAUGUGUGGAUUUUCUCGUAAUAGUAGUGGACGCGCAAGAUCCGUAAUGCAAAAAACCUAUUUAUUUAUUUUAUUGCCAUUUUAUACAUCUAACUUUUUUCCGCAAUCCACAAUAAGUCCAAUCGUAAAAGGAGACAAAGGCCCCUUUACUAUGUGCGUAUAUUUGUAGACUGUAGAGAUGUCCCUAAAGUGUCUGUUCAUCAGAUGAAAACUAACUGAUUUUUAAGGUAAACUGUUAAAUAUAAAAUUAAUGUACGAA